AUGGGGAUGCUAAAAAGAGUAUCCAUAGGAGUGCUGCAAUGGGUGACACUGUGUAUUGGACUGGCAGUAACACAAACAAGAUUGACUUCACAACACAAUGAGCUGGUUUGUAGUGCUUGGGGUAACUACCAUUUCAAGACGUACGAUGGGAACUACUUCCAGCUUCCAUCUUCCUGCAACUACAUUUUUACCUCACACUGUUCGACUACCUAUGAAGACUUUAACAUCCAGUUAAGGCAUGAGGUGGUGAACAAUGAACCAACAAUCAGCAAAAUCAUGAUGAAACUACAGGGGACAAUAAUAGAGCUAACAAAAGGCUCUCUCAGUGUUAAUGGGCAAAUAGUGACACUUCCAUUUACCAACUCUGAAGUUUUCGUCGAGAAGAUGACAUCUUAUAUUGCAAUCAAGGCUGCUUUGGGGCUAGUAGCCAUGUGGAAUGAAGAUGAUUCUUUCAUGGUCAAGUUAGAUGAAAAAUACCAAAACCAAACAUGUGGACUGUGUGGUGACUUCAAUGGAAUCCAGACUUACAACGAAUUCAUCAGUGAUGGAACUACGCUGUCCGUUUCUGAUUAUGGGAACCUCUGGAAAAUGGAUGGUCCAACAGAAAUCUGUCAGGAAGACAAAAUAUCUCUUGAUGAAAACUGUGGAGAUGAGCACAUCCGUGCCCAGAAAGCAUGGUGCACCAAGAGUGUGGAAAUCCCUGUACUGACACCUGUACCAACCCUGAAAGAGGACAAUACCUGUGAACAGGGACAGUGGAAUUGUAACCAAAAGGAUUGUCCACAAGCAUGUUCAGUAGAGGGUGGAUCCCAUAUUACCACUUUUGAUGGAAAAGCCUACACCUUUCAUGGAGACUGCACUUACGUCCUUUCCAAACAAUGCACAGGCACAGAAUUCACAAUUCAAGGGGACCUGAUGAAAUGUGGUGUGACUGAAACUGAAACCUGUUUGAACGCAAUAACUUUGGCAUUGUCAGAUGGGAAUACUGUGUUUAAAGUGGAUUCCAGUGGAAAUAUUGAGGUCAACAGAAUAAUUGUCCAGUUGCCGUUUUUAACAGCUGAUGUGAGCAUUUUCAAGCCCUCCUCAUUCUACAUUAUCAUUCAGGCCAAUUUGAUUGGGCUUCGUCUGGAGAUCCAGCUUGUACCAUUAAUGCAACUUUACAUCACAGUCAAUUCAGCAUACCAAGGAGAAACAUGUGGUCUUUGUGGCAAUUUCAACAACAUUGAGGCGGAUGACUUUACAACCAUUGGUGGACUCAGGGAAGGAACUGCUUUGGACUUUGCCAACACCUGGAAAACAAGAGCAAGUUGCCCUGAUGUUAAAAGAAACUUUGAGAAUCCUUGCAGUCUCAGCACUGAAAAUGAGAAAUACGCACAGCACUGGUGUUCCCUGCUGUCAGAUCCCUCAUCAGUGUUUGCCCCCUGCCACUCUGAAAUCAACCCUGAAGUCUACAAAGCAAAUUGUAUAUAUGACAGCUGCAACUGUGAGAAGAGUGAGGACUGUAUGUGUGCUGCAUUGUCUUCAUACGUACAUGCAUGUGCUGCAAGAGGGAUUGUUCUUGAUGGCUGGAGAGAAGCUGCCUGCAAUAAGUACACCCUAACUUGCCCUGCCACCACGGUCUACUCCUAUCAAAUGACCAGCUGUGACCGCACUUGCCAAUCCCUCAGCCAAUCAGACAGCACCUGCGCUAUUGACUUUGUACCAGUGGAUGGCUGUGGCUGUGCAGAAGGAACAUACAUGAACGAGAAUGGUGACUGUGUUGCAUCUUCCAGCUGCUCAUGCUAUGAUUCAGGCAAAAUUGUUCCUGCUGGGAUCUCCAUCUCCAAAGAUGGAGGAUCAUGGUAUGCACAUGGAGUUGGUUACAUUUAUGGGAUGCUGGGCUUCCAUAUAUUCCAGUUUGAAAAACCCUGUUUACACUGUCUUCAUCAAUUCUAUGAUUCUUUACUUUUAGAAUGCAACGAGCCAAUGAUGUUUUUUAACUGCUCCAGUGCUAGCCCUGGUUCCAAGGGAUCAGAGUGUCAGAAGAGCUGCAACACAUUAGACAUGGCUUGCAUCAGCACAGAGUGUGUGUCUGGCUGUGUGUGCCCAACCGGGCUGGUGUCAGAUGGGAAAGGUGGCUGCAUUGCUGAAGACCUCUGUCCUUGCAUCCAUAAUGGAAUUGCCUACCAACCUGGGGAAAGCAUCAAGACUGAUUGCAAUACAUGUACUUGUAAGAAUAGACGAUGGAUAUGUACCACAAAUCAGUGCAGUGGGACAUGCAGCAUCUAUGGAGAUGGUCAUUAUAGAACCUUUGAUGAGAAAAGAUACGUCUUUAGUGGGAACUGUGAAUACAGCCUUGUUCAGGACUUCUGCAAUAACACCACCGGCACUUUUAGAGUCAUUACUGAAAAUAUUCCCUGUGGAUCCACUGGCACCACUUGUUCCAAGGCUAUCAAGCUUUUCCUCGGAAGCAAUGAGCUUAGAUUGACAGAUGGAUCCUACCAAGUUGUUCGCAGAGAUGCAGGAGAGGAGAUUCCCUACCAGAUGCGCACCAUGGGGCUUUACUUAGUGAUUGAGGCCAGUAAUGGUCUGAUGCUCAUUUGGGACAGAAAAACAACUAUACACAUCAAACUGAAUCCAGAGUUUAAUGGACGUGUGUGUGGUCUGUGCGGAAACUACGAUGGGAACGCAAACAAUGACUUCACUACACGCAGUCAAGCAAUUGCUGUCGACGCCCUGGAUUUUGUAAACAGCUGGAAGCUCUCUAGCUGUCCAGAUGCAACUCUCAUCCAAGAACCAUGUGUCCAUAAUCCGUAUAGGGAGGCCUGGGCACAGAGGCAAUGCAGCAUCAUUACUAGCAAUGUCUUCUCAACCUGUCAUUCACAGGUGGACCCCUCUCCUUUCUAUGAUGCUUGUGUGAGAGAUGCAUGUGCCUGUGAUAGUGGCGGAGAUUAUGAGUGUUUUUGCACUGCUGUAACAGCCUAUGCACAAGCCUGUAAUGAGGCUGGAGCCUGUGUUGCCUGGAGAACACCUAAAAUAUGCCCAUUAUUCUGUGAUUAUUACAACCCCCCUGGUGAAUGUGAGUGGCAUUACAAACCUUGUGGAGCUCCUUGUAUGCAGACAUGCAGAAACCCCUCUGGAAACUGCUCUAGUCAGAUACCAGCGCUUGAAGGUUGCUAUCCUAAAUGCCCUCCUGAGCAGCCUGUUUUUGAUGAGGAUAACAUGAAGUGUGUUACACAGGAAGAUUGUGGCUGUUAUGUUGACAUGUUACAUUAUCAGACUGGCCAGCAGGUGCUGACCACAGAGAACUGUCAGUCAUGUUAUUGUUCAUCGUUUGGUGUUAUCUGUGAAUUUGAUGUAAAUGCAUGUACAUGCCAAUACAACAAUGUAGAGUACAACUUUGGAGAUAUAAUUUAUCACACAACGGAUGGACUGGGAGGAUGUAUCACAGGCAGAUGUUCAGUCAAUGGAACUAUUGAGAGGACUUUGACACCUUGUGAAACAACUGCUGUUCCAACCGUCACAUCCCCUCUGACCACAACACAGAAAUUAACACCAACCCCAACAACAGUUUUUGUCUUCAGCACCCCAGGUACUUGGACAUUUCUGUAG